UCCUCUGUUUCCGUUCUUUAAUAACGGACGAAUAUUCUUUCCUAUUCGCGCUGCAUGCUUGCAGUUCUCUGAUCGAUCAGGCUACAUAGAGAGGGAGAGAGGGGUGAAACCCUAAGUUUGAGAUCUGGUGUCAAGCUGUGAUCUACCGAGUGCUGCUUAUUUAGAGAUGAAUGAUCGUGGCAGGCUUGGACCUUUUUCGGGGGUGAUUUUCACGCCCUAUAAUCUAAUUUCGGGUACAAAGUUGCUUGCUUCACUUGAUCUGGAAAGAUUGUGGCACAUUUUGGUACUCUUGUAAAGAGCACAUUGGUCAGCAAGAACACAUUGAAUAAGAAAUUUUCUAUAUAGAAAGGUCAUUUGCAGCAGUUGGUUACUUUUCAGUGAUAUGAAUCUUGAUGAUGGGAACCCUUACAUAUUUUAUAUGGAUUCCAAUAUGUUAGAAGGAGUUGGGGUUAAUUAUUUAUCUCAUUUAUGUUCACUUGUGGAUUUCUCUUUGCUCAAUUCCAACCAUUUAGUCAGUUCUGGAAGUAUAGCUCUUCAUGAAGCAUUUAGUUGUGUUUCCAAGUUUGCUGGGGCUCUGUUUUUCUGGUUAUCAACCAGUUCAAAUUCCAGUAGUGGUCAUAAAAUGUCAAGAGUCGUCUCACGUGGAUCAAAUGUUAAAAAUUAUCAAGUUUGUCCCCAGAUUAAGCAUGUUACUUGUACGAACAAAAUAAAAGGAUUGCACUUCUUUUCUGUGUCAGAUUUGCAAUCUGCCAUUCCAUUGGUCUUUUCCAAGUUUGUUAAUUCAACAACAAGGAAGCUGUGGAAAGAAUUUGGACAAUUUCAAGCUUUUCCUGUGCUGUCAUUAGCUGCUGCUCUUAUACCACCUUUUGAAAAUCUGUCUGCAAAAGUUCUAUCCGACACCAUCCAGCUUGGAAUGGUUGGUGAUCAUAUUGGUGAACAUCUGGUUCCGCUGAACAAAGAGGAAGGUAAUCAAGUUUGUGACAUGUGCAUUCUACCAGGCCAAACUUUGUCUAGAGAUGCAGUUGAACCAAAAACUGGGAUUUCAUUCCCAACAGUUCUGGGCAAACCUUUAGGUGGCGAGAUUACUUCUAAUCGCACUUCAGAGGUUCUUGUUGGAAUUGGAUUUAGAAGCAUGAAAAUAAUAAAAUUCAAAUCUCUGAAGAUUUAUGCAUUUGGACUAUAUGUCCAUUUUGGUUCCAUCUGUAAAAAACUAGGUCAUAAAUAUGCUUCCGUGUCUGCCAUUGAGCUAAAGGAUUGCUCUGAAUUUUAUGAAGAUCUUCUCAGGGAAGAUAUUGGUUUGACUGUUAGGCUGGUUGUCAAUUACAAUGGACUUAAAAUUCAUACUGUCCGAGACGCCUUUGAGAAGUCCCUGCGUGCUAGGUUGCUGAAGAUGAAUCCUAAUACAGAUUAUGAAUGCUUGAGAGUUUUUGGUUCUUAUUUCAUGGAAGAUAUCCCUCUACCAAUUGGAACGACAAUUGAUUUUAGACAAACCACUGAUGGUCGCCUGAUAACUGAAAUUGGUGGUAAGCAUGUUGGUGCUGUUCAGAGCAAAGAUUUAUGCAGGGCUUUCUUUGACAUGUACAUAGGUGAUGUUCCUGUCUCUCUGCAAACCAAGCAAGAUAUUGCUGAGAAUGUUGCUAGACUCAUGAGGAGAUGCUAGACAAAUGACCUAAUGAGUUCCUAAUUUCUAUAUAGAUUAUGGGGUCCAUUUUUAUACCAGGCUGAAUUUAAAGAGAGAAAAAUGAUCAGGUUGAAGCUUUUUAAAUGCUUCAGGACCUUCUUUUCCUUGGUAGCUGUGAUGCAUCAAGUUCAGGUGUUCAGAAUAUAUGUUCAUUCUCAUUCUUUAGAAGGCUCCAUUAGCUAUUACUGUUUAUAGAGGGAUUGGGACUUGCCAAAGGCUUUAUAUUUUGAGCUCUUUAUGUUACUUAUGGCUCUUUUUUACAUGAAUGAUGGCAUUCUUUGUACAAUGAAUAAUGUAUAGUUCAUUAUUCCAAAAGUUCGGUCGCCGUUUUAACGUGUUUU